CCAAGACAAAAGAGAAAAGGAAACCAAAGAAGAAGUCCAACCCGGAAGUUAGUUCUUCCAAAUUGUCACCGAAAUCUUAUUAAACCUUUCCAAAAUGGCUGAAGUGGAGGAGACCCUGAAGAGAAUUUUGGGCCAGAAAGGAGUUCAGGGCCUCAUCAUUGUCAACUCUGACGGAAUCCCGAUCCGCUCGACACUGGACAACUCCAGCACGGUCCACUACGCGGGUCUGAUCCACCAGCUGGUCCUGAAGGCCCGCAGCACCAUCCGUGACAUCGACCCCCUCAACGACCUCACCUUCCUGCGGCUGCGCUCCAAGAAGAACGAGAUCAUGAUCGCGCCAGAUAAGGACUAUUUCAUGAUCGUCAUUCAAAAUCCAUCAGACUGAAAACGUUCUCGUUUUUAGCAUCCGAAGAAAAAAGUGAAGAUGGCACUUUUAUCAACGAGAUAUGUCCAGCUUUUCCUUUUGCUCGUUCCUCCUUUUUUGUGUGUGCGUGCAGACAACAUGACAACCUUGUCGUCGGCAUGAAAAAUGUUUUCAAUAAACAUCCGCAACAUC